AGCAAUACGAUGCGGUAGUUUUUCUGGCCUGUUUUGUUCAACUUCAAGCACGUUAGUCUGCUGUAUUGCUUGAAAGUUGAAUAUAACUUAAACUUUAAAAAAAUUACCAAUACUUUAUUCAGGCUCCAUUCACAUCAUGUACUCUGUUGUGGAAUGCAUUAUUGACAAAGAAGUAGCUGUUGUACCUACAUCAUGGGUUGUUAAAGACUCCAACAGCACCACAAUAUACUGCUACUGACCUUCAUUCAAAUGUACUGCAAAGCUGAACAAAGCAGUGCACAACUGCAUGCUGCCUGACCAGUCAACUUGGAAACCGUAUAAGUGUACAAAACAGGAUUGUGGUUUUAAAUUCUGUAAUAAUGCAACAAUACUGGGAAAUUUUCAAGUUUCUGUGACAUUUAAAUGGUCUAUAUAAAGUGUGUCAUUCAAUUAUCAUGUCAUUUUUUUCUUCCAAAAACUACACUUUGGAAAUGUGGAUUUGUAAACAUUAAAAUUACUUGAAAUGCUUAAGAAUAUUCUGACUUAGCCCUACAACCCCUCUAUUCAUAUGUUUCUGUGAAGUGGUAUGUCUGAAUAGCCUUUUUGUUUUAAGAUGACUACAGCAAAGCAUGAAGUAAACUUCAGCUAGCAGAAGACAUGUCUCGACUAGAAUCCGAGACAUAUCACAUACGUGAAUGGCAGCAAAGAACAUGAAAAUUCUGAAAGAUACCUACUAACACAAAAGAAAUAAAGGUCUCAUUACAAGAGAUUCAACAGAAUGAAACUCGUAUGAUGAGCAAGAUUGAUCAACUCGUGAGGAAAAUUGGCUUAGUGAGACAAACAACAGAAUUGCCAAAAGAUAUCAUAUUCCCACUACAGACUGAAGAAGAUAUUGCCAAUUUAGAAGUGAAGUUGGAUUAUCCAAAAAUCCAAGAAUGUAUUAUCAACAAUUUAAGCACAAUUGGGGGGCUCCACUUUUAAAGAUGCAACUUGCCAAAUUCUAUGCCACAUUUUAACCAAUGAGGGUGGAAAGGAAAGAGGGAGAAGCUUGUGAUUGUCCCAUAAUAAUCAGCGGUGAAAUUUCCGGUCUUUCGAAAGGACUACACGGAUUCCAUGUGCAUGAAUAUGGUGAUCUAACAAAUGGGUGCACAAGUGCAGGGAGUCACUUUAACCCUUUCAAACUAAGCCAUGGUGGACCAGGUGACAGAAUUAGGCAUGUUGGAGACUUGGGUAACAUAGAAGCUGGUGAUGACGGUGUGGCAAAUGUGCACAAAACGGAUAAAUUACUGUCAUUGUAUGGACCGCUAACCAUUUUAGGACGGGCAGUUGUGGUUCAUGCAAACCAGGAUGAUUUAGGAAGAGGAGGACAUGAGCUCAGUAAGAUAAGUGGUAAUGCAGGUGGGCGAGUUGCUUGUGGAGUGAUAGGUAUUAGUAAGUAAUAUCUUGGGUAAAAAAAAAUCUGUAUUAAGCUAUGGUAUACAUUCCAGCUGUUUUAGCUUGUGUUUGUUUUUCUGUGAUUUAUAAGUGGAUUUGGUAUUUAAGGUAUAUGUAUUACGAGAGGUAUG